AUGCCCGCGGCCGCCUGCAGGGGCCGCCGCCUCUUCAGAAAUGCGCCGCCUUUGUCUGGGGCCGCGCGGCGCCGGUGCACGGGGCGGGCUGAACGCCUCCUGCGGCCCGGCCUGUGCGCCCCGGGACCGCGCGCUGCCCACGCUCCCUCCCCCUUCCUCCGCCCCGCACCCCACAACGCACCACGCCCGGCCCGCGCCCAGGUGACCUUGCCUGUUAUCGACCUGGCCUGCCCCUGCAGCUACUGCCCCGACAAGAUCGAUAAGGAGUGGGGCCUUGAGGGGCAUGACCGGCAGCAGGGGCUGACAGCCACACACCCCCGGGAGAUGCAGGCCCUCUCAGGGCCUCUGGCAAUCCCUGCUCCCGAGCUGCUGACUUCAGCAGCCGCCUGCCCGCCUGCCCACUGGCUCCUGCGGUUGCCGGGCCGCAUCAGCCCUCAUUCGGGCUUCCUCGGCUGCCCCAGCGGGAGAGGCCCUGAGCAGAAUCCAGUCACCGCCUCCCUCCACAGCCUGCCGGGCAGGAGUGGCCCGUCCUUCCCCAACGCUUGGGAGGGCUCUCAGGAGGCGCUGCUGCAGAAGCUGCUGGAAGCCCAGCAGCUGGCUGCCUGGAGCCAGCUGCUGGCCUGGGUGCUGUGGCUGCAGGCGUGGCGCGUGGCCGCCCCGUGCCCGGGGGCCUGCGUAUGCUACAACGAGCCCAAGGUGACGACGAGCUGUCCGCAGCAGGGCCUCCAGGCCGUGCCCACUGACAUCCCAGCCGCCAGCCAGCGCGUCUUCCUGCACGGCAACCGCAUUGUGCACGUGCCCGCGGCCGGCUUCCGCGCCUGCCGCAACCUCACCAUCCUGUGGCUGCAUUCGAAUGCGCUGGCCCGCAUCGACGCGGCUGCCUUCACCGGCCUGGCCCUUCUCGAGCAGCUGGACCUCAGCGACAACCCGCAGCUGCGUGCCGUGGACCCCGCCACGUUCCAUGGCCUGAGCCGCCUGCACACACUGCACCUGGACCGCUGCGGCCUGCAGGAGCUGGGCCCUGGCCUGUUCCGUGGCCUGGCCGCCCUGCAGUACCUCUACCUACAGGACAACGGGCUGCAGGCGCUGCCCGACGACGCCUUCCGCGACCUGGGCAACCUCACGCACCUCUUCCUGCACGGCAACCGCAUCCCCAGCGUGCCUGAGCGCGCCUUCCGCGGCCUGCACAGCCUCGACCGCCUCCUUCUACAUCAGAACCGCGUGGCCCGCGUGCACCCGCAUGCCUUCCGUGACCUCGGCCGCCUCAUGACGCUCUACCUGUUUGCCAACAACCUCUCGGCGCUGUCCGCAGAGGCCCUGGCGCCCCUGCGGGCCCUGCAGUACCUGCGGCUCAAUGAUAACCCCUGGGUGUGUGACUGCCGGGCACGGCCUCUCUGGGCCUGGCUGCAGCAGUUCCGGGGCUCCUCAUCCGAGCUGCCCUGCAGCCUGCCCCCACGCCUGGCCGGCCGUGACCUCAAGCGCUUGGCCGCCGCCAACCUGGAGGGCUGCGCCGUGGCUGCCAGGCCCUCCCGUCCCUUCUGGACCGGCGGGCCUACUGACGAAGAGCCUCUGGGGCUGCCCAAGUGCUGCCAGCCGGAUGCGGCGGACAAGGCCUCGGUGUUGGAGGCGGGGAGCCCGGCCUCCGCCGGCAAUGCGCUCAAGGGACGUGUGCCAUCCGGCGACAGCCCGCCAGGCAACAGCUCCGGCCCGCGGCACAUCAACGACUCCCCCUUCGGGACCCUGCCCGGCUCGGCUGAGCCCCCGCUGACCGGGAUGCGGCCCGAGGGCUCCGAGCCACCAGGGCCCCCCACCACGGGCCCUCGCCGGAAGCCAGGCUGUUCCCGCAGGAACCGCACCCGUGGCCAGUGCCGUCUGGGCCAGGCGAGCGGUGGGGGCGUCGGCGCUGCGGAUGCAGAGGCCUCGGGCGCCCUGCCCAGCCUCGCCUGCGGCCUGGCCCCCCUGGGCCUCGCGCUGGCGCUGUGGACGGUGCUGGGGCCCUGCUGA